UCCACGCAAAAAUGGCGGACGAAGUCGAACCGCAAGUUCCAGCCCAGACUGUAGAAGAGCCAUUAGACCUGAUCCGGCUAAGUUUAGAUGAAAGAAUAUAUGUCAAGAUGAGAAAUGACAGGGAGCUGAGGGGAAGACUACAUGCUUACGACCAACAUUUAAACAUGAUAAUGGGAGAUGUGGAGGAGACUGUCACAACUGUAGAGAUUGAUGAGGAAACAUACGAGGAAAUAUACAAGUCAACAAAAAGAAACAUACCAAUGUUGUUUGUGAGAGGGGAUGGUGUGAUUCUGGUGUCACCUCCCAUGCGGACAGGAACAUAAAAGAUUUUGGACUGCAGGAAAAAAUACUAUUGACAUUCUGUGUAAAUACAUUAUAAUGUUUAAGAUGAGGAAAGUUGAAAAUAGUGUAAGCAAACAAGACUGGACUUGGAUGAGUUUGUGUUUGUAAAGUUUUCUUAUUGCAAAACUGAAAUGUUAACUGACCGGAUCUCAAUAAUCUCUAUUUCUUCAAAGUGGGUCUACAGUCAUUUAUGUUGAAUUCUUGAGACAGCAAAUUUCACUAUUGCCACAAGAUGAGCCAGUGCAUAUAUGUUAAAGCAAAUGUUAAUUACAUGUAUUAAGAAGCCAGGGAAAGUUCUUAAGAGUUGUUAAUAUACUCUAUAUAAAAUGGGACAUUUAUCAUGUCAUCUACCAUUUAUCCAGUUUUUGUGAAAUGUUUUGCUGUUUUUCACAUUUUAGAAUAUCAUUCAGUAAUGAAUGAACACAUAUUUCAUUAUCAUGAAAUUUAUGGAAUAUUUUAUAUUUCAGCAAUUUUUUAGCUUCAGGGAGUUUUACCCGCAGUGUACUGUUGAAAUGGGCCCUGCCCUUUGUGCAUAAGGGGCAGAAGUGGCCCCCUUCAAUCACGCCCAAAUUUCAGCAUUUUCCCCAGCAAUUCAUAAACACCUUUGAUGUCUGUUAACUAACAUAAAUAAUACUACUAUAUUAACAUUUUCAUUUCAUAAUGUUAUAUCCAUUUUGCAUUUUUAAUGUUUGAACUAUGGAAGAAAAAAGAGAAACAUAACCUCUUAUUGGAUUUCAUUUUCAGUUUGCCAAUUCCAUGCCAUGUUUAUCUUGUGUCAUCAUUAAGAAAUACUAGUUUACCUUAAACAUUGUAAAAUUUUGUUUGUUCUGAUCGUGCUGUUUUUCACAAUUUUGCAUUGAUUUUAACCCAUAUCAUGCUGGACAAGAUUGAUUCUAACUUUGCGACCAGUGUAGAGCAUGAUCAGCCUGCACAUCCAUGCAGUCUGAUCAAGAUCUGCACUGUUCGCCAUUCAGUCAGUUUCUUUUAUGUAAGCACCCCUUUUAACAGUCAGUGGUACUGUCCAAAUUGAAAGAUGGGAAUGUUCAUUAUAGAAAUUUAGCAGGUUUUUUUUUCUUUGGAUAUGUUUACAUUGCUGUUAAAGACAAAAGUACAAGUCUGCUGAAGUCCUGCAUAUUUUUCCAAUGUCUAGAAGCAAAAUGUAUUAUCUGUAUGGGCAUUUCAAGAAGACUUCUAAGGGUCAUUAUGUACAGGAAUUUUAUAGUCAUUUUGGGGUCAUAUUCCAUAUUGAAAAAAUAACUUUUUCCAAAUUCCACUUGUUCUGUAUAAAACACUUUGUUAAACAUUGAUCAUUCAGCGAAGCUGAUAAUAGAAAUAAUAGAAAAUGUAAGUAAGUUAUACAGAUAUGGCUGUAUUUCAAGUUGUUUUGUGCUGUUGUUAUUACUAUAUAAUAGUAAUAGUUGUAAAAUUUUCCUAAUUUUGGUCCAGGUAUAUGUGUCAUCUUCACAAAAUACUGUAAAAAGGCUGUGAUGUAUUUUUAUAAGCAGUGAUGCAGUAUGUCGAAACAAUGUUAUCUCUGAAUGUGUUCAAACUGUUAAAUUCUUUUCAAGACCUAAUAUCUAGCAGGAGUGAGAAUGGUUAGCUUUAGUCUGCUUGCGGCAUGUCUUUCUGGCUUUGCGUCCAGUGCAGACCAAGAUCAGCCUGCACGUCUAUGCAUCUUGAUCUUGGUCUCCACUGUUCGCUAUUUAGUCAGUAAAUUUUCAGUGAACACCCCUUUGAAUAAUACAUGGUACAGCCCAAAUUGAAUGAUAGACCAGUCCAUUCUAGAAAUUUAGCAGGGUAAAGGUUAAAUGUGUACACUUUGCUUCCUUCUACUGACAGAACUGUUAGGGAUAUACUCUGGCUUUGAAUGAUAAAAAAAAUUUGAAGCUAAGAUUUUUAUGCUCCCUCCACCUUCGAAGAAUGAGGGGUAUAUUGUUUUGCAGAUGUUGUUCGGUAGGUCUGUCGGUCCGUAGACCAAUCUGUUUCUGGAUGAUAACUCAAGAACGCUUGGGCCUAUGAUCAUGAAAGUUAAUAAGGAGGUUGAUCAUGACCAGCAGAUGACCACUAUUGACUUUGAGAUCAGUAGUUCAAAGGUCAAGGUCACAGUGACCCGGAACAGUUAAACAGUUUCUGAAUGAUAACUCAAGGACACUUGGGCCUAGGAUCAUGAAAGUUGAUAGGGAGGUUGGUCAUGACCAGCAGAUGACCCCUAAAGAUUUUAGGUCAAAGGUCAAGGUCACAGCGACCUGGAACAAUUAAAACCAUUUCCAUACAAUAACUUGAGAACAUUUGGGCCUAGGAUCACGAAACUUAAUAGGGAGGUUGAUCAUGACCAGCUGAUGACCCCUAUUGAUUUUGGGGUCAGUAGGUCAGAGGUCAAGGUAACAGUCACCCAGAUGGAGAGCGAUUGGGCCUAGGAUGGCGAAACUUUAUAAGGAGGUUGAUCAUGACCAGCAGAUGAAACCUAUUGAUUUUGAGGUCAGUAGAUCAAAGGUCAAGGUCACAUUGACCCAAAACAUUAGAACUUUUUUUGCCAAAUAACAAGAGAAUGCUUUGGUCUAAGAUCACAUUUGAUACGGUGGUCACUAUGACUGGUAAAUGACCCAUAUUGAUUGAUUUGAAGUCAGUACGUCAAACGUUCAGUGCACAGUGAACAGAUAAUUUCUGUUCCUUGUGCAGUUACUGAAUGCAUCGAGGGGGGCAUUUCGUGUUCUACGAGCUCUUGUCUUCCUUGUUACGAAAGUUAUUCUUAGAUAGAAAUCAGAGCUACAAAGUCCAAAUCGAUUUCUCAGAUGUGAAGGGCCAUCAAAUAAGACAAAGUUUAAAAAAAGCUUGUGCGAAAUGUGACAAACCUACAUCAUGACUGUAAAUUUGUUAUAUGCAAUUUGAUGAAUAAACAUGGCCUGAAUA